AUGACCAGUCAAGCAUCCUUCUCAACACCUCACUGGCCCCAAGACGGGCAUCAGCCCAUAGCCCAUGUCACGACUCCCACUCCAACCAUAGUCUUCCCGGAAUCUCCUUUCCAUUACGACAUUUUGAGCAGCGAUAGCAUCAAGCAAUACCUAGACCUUGUAGUCGAAAGCCUAGUCACGCACGAUAACCUCCAUGAUUGGGAUGACCAAUUCGCCCCGGAUCCGGUCAGGAAACUGGCCAUAUUUGCUAAGGCCGAGAUGGCGAGGAGCGGACUCGAUAAAGCUGAUCAUAUGGUCAAUUUCAACCUGAUUCGGGAAGUGAUACGGGCUGGUGGCUCUGAUGUGAGCCAGACGCUGCCCAUGGCAGUGUCGGACACUGUUCGCCAGCUGUUCCCACGACUACACGAGAGGACAAUUGACGAAAAUGGUGGAGGUCUCUCCCAUGGUCGUAUCGUGGAGAUCAAGGAGCAGAUCAACUAUUUGCGGAGGGCAACACUGCUUAUGAUCCAGGCAUUCUGUCUACGACUCUUGGACGAGGACUUCACCUUCGUACGCAACUUUGUACAGAGGCAUCUGAUGCUUGAGCAUCUCUUCAAAGAGCCAUACAUACUGCAGGAGACUUCUCCAUCAAAUGAGCAAGACGCAAAAUGUUACAAGAGGUUGACCCUGUCGUUUCACCUCCCUCACCUACUACUAGGAACCAGCCACUUCUCAGGUGGCGACUCAGAGAUCAUCGACCGGGACUCCAUCGAGGUUGUCGACACACAAGUAGACUUUGAAGACCCAGACAGCCCCUCUGGGUCUAAUCCUCGCCUCUUCAAAGCCGCCUCUUCCGUCCUCCUCACACUCGUCCUCCCCGAGGAGCAACCUUCUCGCGAAGAAGCCUAUGGCCUCCUCUCCAACCCACAAUGCCUCUGGACCGUCCUCAUCGUCAACGGCUCCUGGCGCCUCGCCACCGGCUCCCUCCGCAACCCGUCCAACACGCAGACCCCGCUGUCGCAAUUCCUGCGUGGCGUCGUCAGCGCCAUCACCGCCCAGCGCCAAAAUCUGCGGCCGAUCCUCGCGUCCCUGAAGACGCGCCUGGCCGCCGCCGACAACGGCACGCUCUUCGACGACCGCCGCUUCGGCAAGAGCCGCACGUACCACGCCCUUAUCGCCACCUGCCACCGCCUGGCGGCCACCAUCGACGCCUCGCUCGCCUUCCUACGCGAGUUCAGGGCCGACAGGCUCCCGGCGCUGGCGGCGAGGGCGCAGGCAUCAGAGGCGCCCGGCCUGGACCACUGGCGUGCGCGCCUGCGGGAGGAGAUUGGCGAGCUUGAGCGCGCGCGGUUGGAGGUCAAUGCCUUCCGGGAGCAGGUCCGCGAGCUGCGUGACGCGCUGCACGGCGCUACCGCGCUGCUGGAGAGCCGCAUCGCCGUCAUGCAGGGCGAUCGGAUCAAGACGCUGACGUAUCUGAGUGUGGCGUACCUACCGCUCAGUCUGAUCACGUCGGUCUACAGCAUCAGCGUGCUGCCCGCGAGCGCCGACCUGGCCUCCUACUUCGUCACUAUGGCCGUUGCGCUUGUAGUGACCGUCUUCGUGACGGUCGUGCUCUUGCGGAGCGAGAUGAACCGGCAGGAGCUCGACUUCGCCGUUGGCCGGCCCCCGGAGAAAAGGGUCAUCAGUCCCUUAAAGGCACCACGUCCGGGGGCAUCAAAUAUCUCGAGAAGGCUGUUUCUCCUCCCGCUCUUCUUCCUCUCUGUUCUUCUGUGGAGGCUCUUCCGGUUGUCCUGGAAGGCCCUCAUGCACGGCACCGUCUAUCUACUCUGGACGUUUCCCGAGGAGGAGCUGUCGUACGCUUCGGGGCUGCUGUACAGGCCUGUCCCGUCGGUGGUGUUUCCCCGCCAUUUCAGCGUGAGGAAGAUGGUCUGGGAUCUGCUUAGGUUUUUUGCGCUGCCUGUUUGGCUGCUGCUGGUGCUCACUAGGGCUGGUAUUCGGCUGUGCGGGAGGUGUGUCGUGCGGUGUUGGUGCUGGCGUCGCUGA